AUGACCAUGUCUCUAUACUUUGACUCAACUCAGAGGGCUCUAAAUAUGUUUAAUUCUGAACUGCUCCUGGGAAGACCCAUGCGCAUCAUGUGGUCAAACUGUGAACCCAAAGCCAAGACCAUCGAGGGGGGAAAAAUUUUCAUCAGGAACCUUCAUCGGUCCGUCAACAGCAUCUUCCUGUCUGACACCUUCUCUAAAUUCGGGAAGAUCGUGUCAUGCAAGGCUGUGGAAUCAAAAGACUUUGGGUACAUCCAGUACGAGUCAGCGAAGGCAGCGGCGCUGGCCAUUCAGCGCUUCAAUGGAAAAGUACUGAACAACCGUCAAAUCACCAUUGAGUACUUUAAGUCUCGAGAGGAGCGUGAGGCAGAGAUGCGCAAGGCAGAGGCACGGAAGGCCCCAGGAAAACCGCGCCAGCCAGUGUGUCCUCCCUGCUUCGAGACGAGAACCCCAGUUGUUGAGCCGCCUCGCUCAGAGGACACCGUUCAAACAAUCGAGGCAUCUGCCUCAGAAGACGCUGUCCAAACAAUCGAGGCAUCUGCCUCAGAGGACAUUGUCCAAACAAUCGAGGCAUCUGCCUCAGAGGACACUGUCCAAACAAUUGAGGCAUCUGCCUCAGAGGACAUUGUCCGAAUUGUCGACACCGCUUCCUCUUCUACUGUGGCACAAGAUAAGGCGGAGGCUGUUGAAACAGCUGCCCCAGAGAAAACUCUGGAAGCUGCUGAGACAGCUGCCCCAGAGGAAACCCCAGAGGUACCCAAUCUUUCACCACCGCAGAAGAGGCUGACCAUCUACAUACUAGAGUCAGCGGCUCUAGAAGACCAGGUCCAGACAGCUCAUGACUACAUGUUGCCACUUGUAGAAGAAAUCCACCCUACGGAUGCUAACCAGAUUACAUGGAUGAUUGUUCAGCAAGAGAACAAUUUCGAAAUUAUGAACAUUAUUAGUGAUCCCAGGCUCUUGCGAGCCAAGGUGGAUAAAAUGGACGCCUUGCUGAAGGCAAGAGCAGCUGGUUACAAGCCGGAAAGCCUGAAGACGAUUUUCGAAAGCGGCAAUAAGAAGAAAAAGUAGAAGAAGAAGAACAAUCAAAAAUAUCUAUAAACUCAUGACUAUUGUUACAAU